GUGGCUGAUGGCGACCUAGAAGGCGGCGUCCAGUUGAUGCGAAAGGGGCUGUUGAAGGGCGGAGACGAGAUUACCGAUCCAAAGUUCUACUAUCAUCUGGGCGAUGGCUUGAUGCUACUGGGGAGAACAGCUGAUGCCUAUAAGGUCUACGAGCAAGGAGCGGAACUAGGGCUUUUCCUAUCCGCGCACCAACGCAGCAUGUACAACAUCGAAGGGCUUACCGGGCGGCCCUGGUGGACAAUGGAACAAACUGGCUACACCAAACACCUGAGGGCCGUAGAACGGCAAUGGGUUGCAAUCCGCAAAGAAGCCUUAGCUGCACUUGAAGAGCACAUCGAAGAAUUUGAGCACGAGAAUAAAGCCAUCACCAUCGAUGGCGACUGGCGUGCACUUUGGCUGCUUCGAAACGAGGAUUGGGAUGAAGACAAUUGCGAAAUCGUGCCGCAAACCUGCGCCAUUCUACGUGAAUUCCGGGAGGCCAGCAAUGCAAGCCGAACUUCGAUGAAAAUCUCCGUACUUUCGUCCGGCACUCGCGUUCUGCCGCAUUGUGGGCCAACAAACUGCAAGCUUCAAGCCCAUCUCGGUCUUGUGGUGCCGUCUGAAGCAAGAAUUAGAGUUGGAACUGAACGACGUGGUUGGCGGACAGGCCGUUUUAUUCUCUUUGACGACUCUUUUGAACAUGAACUUUCCUUCGCCGGCGCGUCUUCUUCAGCUUUUCGAUUGGUCCUCGUCAUCGACCUAUGGCACCCAGAAGUGGACGUCCGACAACGCACCGAUCUCUUCGAUGAAGAC